UCCAAACGAACUGAAGGAGGGUGCGCGGUUGUUGCUCAUAUCGGCCUUGUUUGUUUCUUAGGCUUCCAACCCUUCAUACUCAAUCCUCUCUAAUCCUUUCCAAUGCCACAAAAUAGCAAUACAAACCCAAUCACCUCACAUUCGGAUUCAGAUCCCAACACCAACCAACUCGCCAUGGUUCAAGAUGGCGACGCGUCUUCGCAAACUCCAUACGAGGCGGCACUGGAGGCUCUUUCCUCCUUGAUCACAAAACGCAGUCGCGCCGAUAAGAGCAACAAAGGCGACCGCUUCGACCUCCUCUUUGACUAUCUCAAAAUUCUGGAAUUAGAGGAGCCGAUUGCGCAGAUGAAGAUCAUUCAUGUGGCUGGUACCAAAGGAAAGGGAUCCACAUGCACCUUCUCUGAAUCAAUACUACGUCAUUGUGGCUUCCGCACUGGACUUUUCACAUCUCCUCAUCUGAUCGAUGUUCGCGAAAGAUUUCGAUUGGAUGGAGUGGACAUCAGUGAAGAGAAAUUCUUGGAGUAUUUCUGGUGGUCUUUUAAUAGACUAAAGGAGAAAGCUAAUGAUGAUAUACCAAUGCCCACCUACUUUCGGUUCCUUGCCUUACUUGCCUUCAAGAUAUUUGCAGGAGAGAAGGUAGAUGUUGCUAUUUUAGAGGUCGGGUUAGGCGGAAAGUUUGACGCAACAAAUGUGGUUCAGGCACCCGUUGUUUGUGGCAUAUCAUCCCUUGGAUAUGAUCACAUGGAGAUUCUUGGAUAUACUCUGGGAGCAAUUGCUGGGGAGAAGGCUGGAAUCUUCAAGCAUGGGGUUCCUGCCUUCACUGUGCCUCAACCUGAUGAAGCAAUGCGGGUACUUGAAGAGAAAGCUUCUCAAUUGGAUGUACCUCUUCAAACAGUACCACCAGUGGAUACUAAUUUGCUGAAUGGCUUAAAACUUGGGCUUGAAGGUGAGCACCAAUAUGUUAAUGCUGGCCUUGCUGUUGCACUGUGCUCUACAUGGCUUCAAAGGACCGGUCAUCUUGACAUCACACACCCAGAAAAUACUACCUCUCUGCCGGAGCAGUUUAUAAAAGGACUAACGGCUACUGUCAGUUUACAAGGCCGAGCUCAAAUUGUUCCAGAUCACUAUAUUAACAAUGAAAGCGCAGGAGAUCUGACAUUCUAUUUAGAUGGUGCCCAUAGCCCCGAAAGCAUGGAAAUAUGUGCAAGAUGGUUUUCUCUUUCCACUAAAGAGAAUUCUCAGGAAAAGACGCUGGAUUCCUCUAGAUCACAUGACUUCGUACAAAGGCAUACAGAUGUGGAAGCCAAGAAGAACUCACAGAUACUGCUGUUUAAUUGUAUGUCAGUGAGGGAUCCUCAAUUGCUUCUUCCGAACCUGAUGAAAACAUGUGCUAGUCAUGGUGUCUACUUCAAGAAGGCGCUGUUUGUACCAAACACUUCAGUGUAUCACAAGGUUGGUUCACAUUCCUUACCUCCCACUGAUCCUCAAGUUGAUUUGUCGUGGCAAUUCUCUCUUCAGAGAGUAUGGGAAAAUCUAAUGGGAAAUAAAGGAGGUGAUGAUAGGAUCCCAGAUACUCUUCCUGAAGAAUUAAGAGAUGAUGUGGAAAUGGCUGUCAAAAAUUGUGAAAAUAGUGCAGUUUUUUCCUCACUCCCAUCAGCUAUAAAGUGGCUCAGGGACAGUGUCCGACAUAAUCAAUCUGCUCGUUUUCAGGUCCUUGUAACUGGUUCGCUACAUCUUGUUGGUGAUGUAUUGAGAUUAGUCAAGAAAUGAGGCAAAGUACGAAGUAAAAGUGAAUCUAUUUUGUGCAUCUCCAUCUCGUUGCAACAUGUUCUGGCAUUCAAGAGGCAUGGCAAAGGCGUUGAACUAUUUGAACUUCCUACUGAGUCUCUCUCAGGUCAAUUCUGGACUCCAGUGUGAAGUGGUCCAUUUUCAGAAACUGCUGCAGAUAUCGAGUUGGCAUUUCCGAGCGCGUACAAUUUGAUCUUAACGGUGGCUUACAAUGGAGAAUUUUGUUUGAUUGUACUAUUUAUACACCCUUUUAUGGCUAUAACCACAUGACCUCAUUCAGGUUACUGAUUUUCUGAUUCUUUGUGAAAUUAAAUGGAACAGACGAUUGUUGUUGCAAUUUAAUUGUUGUUCUUAACAGUACAUAUUAGCCAUGUAUGUUAUAUA